AUGGACGGCACUUUGUGCUACCUUCCGGCAACUCCUGCAGCCGCAUUGGUUUAUCCUCUCCUCUGGACUCUGCUAGCAAGGCUGAGAGGCAGCCCUAAUUCUCCAUAUGUCCCGCCCAGGCUCGUAGCGCACUGGAGAGGAUGCGAUGUAACUCCAUCGCCUGGCACCUACAGCGCUGCUCCAUUAUCAAACGGCAGUCAGAGUCUUUCCAUAUCUAUCUAUCUAUCUAUCUAUCUACCUACCUUUUCGUAUCUAUCUAUCUAUCUAUCUAUCUAUCUAUCUAUCUAUCUAUCUAUCUAUCUAUCAGAGUUUUCCCUCUUAUCUAUCUAUCUAUCUAUCUAUCUAUCUAUCUAUCUAUCUAUCAGCCUUUUCCUUCCUAUCUAUCUAUCUAUUUAUCUAUCUAUCUAUCUAUCAGCGUUUUCCUUCUUAUCUAAAUAUCUAACAGAGUCAUUUCAUUAUCUAUCUAUAUAUCUAUCAGCCUUUUCCUUCACAUCUGUCUUUUCAUAUCUAUCUAUCUAUCAGCCUUUUCCUUCCUAUCUAUCUAUCUAUCUAUCAGCGUUUCCCUUCUUAUCUAAAUAUCUAUCAGAGUCAUUUCAUUAUCUAUCUAUAUAUCUAUCGGCUUUUUACUCACAUUAUCUAUCUAUCUAUCUAUCUAUCUAUCUAUCUAUCUAUCUAUCUAUCAGUGUCUUUUUAUAUCUAUCUAUCUAUCUAUCCCUGAUUUUGUUUCUAUCUGGUUAG